AUAGGAUUCUAUUGGUAACAUACCAACCUUGCAAUUCGCUCCAUUUGCAGAAGAUUCGAGGGCAGACGGCUCAAGAGACAGACUUCGGACUGCAGGAGUCUUGUAUCCUGAAAUCUUCGCGCUUCGGAUUGCGACCUUUGGGAUAUCGCUACAUUUUGGCAAUAGCAGUGGGAUCAGACUUUGGACCCCCUUGAUCAAAAACUAUCACAUCAUGAGCUCCGAAUUAGACGGACGGGCUAAGCUUCCGAAUGAGAUCCAUUCGCCAAGCUCUCCGACUUCACUUCAGAGGUCAAAAGAUGCGUCGGACAGUAAUAAUCCUACACCGACGAGACCUUCGCCUUCUCUGAAUACAUCUCAAUCCAGCACACCAUCCUCCAUGACGCCUUCCAACUCUAUUCCAUCUGGUUUGAAAGUCAAUCAACAAGGUACCGUCGACUUAUCCCAAUCGGAGACUUCGUUACCGUCCCACACUGGUCCCAUUCAUUCUACGAGCCCUAUUGCUCGCCGUGUUUCGGUCUCUGAAGCCAGUACCAAUCCGGUCCACCGUGUACCUAAACCCAGGUCAAAUUCCGCUCUUCAGUCAUCUCGACCUGCACCUCCUUCCCCCGCUUCCUCCAGACCAGCUUCAGGUAUCUUCUCACUCGAUGGCAAAUCUUCACCUGUUCCCAGCUCUCCAGGGCUCGACACGGUCCACCCACCAAGAGACAGAUCGAGCAGUACCUCUUCUUCUCGAGCUAGCGCAGCAGCAGCGGCAGUCAUGGGCGCAGUGGGUCGAAGAUCAAGUCUCGGGACAGGUCGAGUGUCCUCCAAAUCUCGUCCAAAGAGUGCACUGGGAGCAUCCUUUAUCGCUCAGGCUGACGCUCCUUAUUUGCCUGAAAGCGGAGCUAGUACAGUUUUUUCAACCUCACAUUCUGCUCCUUCUGCUGCGAUCUCUGGACUGCCUUCGACGACCCCCAGCACCAAUCUACCUGACUCUUCUUUGACCACUACUGCCAUUCCCGAAUAUCCUUCUCCACGUUCAUCUACCACCCAGGCUCCUCCUCAGGGAUCAAUCAUCGCUUUAGGUUCUCCUGACCCCACUAGCCCUGGUUCGACUGCCAACCCUACUCCAACACCAACUUCGCCCACUACUGCCGUCGGAAGCACGCCCACCACACCGCCCCUUCCAGCGGUUAUCAUCCGAGACUACGCCUUUCCGCCCACUGAUCCCCGUUUUCAAGGACCUGGCCUGCCGUUAUCCGGCCCAGGAGGGUCCUCAGCACGCCGUUCAUCGAGCAGGUGGUUUGGCCUUGGUUCAGACGACAACAGCCAUGGGAAUGGUGGAAGUGGACCGUCGAAGAAGUCUUGGGGCGGUUUCGGAUUCAUGUCGUUUCGGAACCUUAUCCGUCGAAAGGAUUCGUCCGAUUCAAAUGCGAGUGGCUUGAGCGGGAUGGGAACGACAGAAGGUGAUGAGGAGUAUCGCCUACCAGUGCCUGAACCAGAUCACGACGAGGAUGACUAUGCCUUCUCAUCAGAUUCUGGUUUGGAAGAAGAUGAACCUUGGGGUUUGUACCGCGCAGUGUACCCUUUCGAAGCGGUUGGAGAGCAUGAGAUUGGAAUGGAAGAAGGUGAUUUGGUAGAUGUUCGAGGAAGAGGAGGUGGAGAAGGAUGGGUCGUAGGCGUGAGGAAAAUUCUAAGUUCAGAUGGGAGAGUCGUCUCUCCAUUGGGACGUGGAGAAGAGGAGAAAGAAGGACUGGUUCCCGAGAGUUAUCUCGAAAAAGUUGAUCUGAAAGCCUUGGAGGGGAAACGAGAGAAAAUCAGGAGGUCGGGCGAGAAGGACAUUGCGAAUCCCUCGAGCAGCACUUCCGGCAGUACAGAUGAUUUCGGAAGAGCUAGACAGGCUGAGGACACAAUCAUGGAGGAGGGGGAGGAGGCUUCGAUCCCGACGGGAACCACUACCUUCUCAAAACUCCAGGCCGGCGGGGCAACUACGCAGGGAUAGGGCUACCCUGCGGCAUGAGAGCAGGCCGGAGACGAGAUCGAGGGACGUAGGGCUCGGAAAGGACCUGAGCCAACAGGAUACGAAAUUCAAUUAGCUGGGCACAGAUUGUAUCAUUCGACAUGUCCAGAGGGCGCAAGAUAGGCUUUAGCCAUUAGGGGUGGGAAAAGCACACCCAAAAACCAGGCAAUGUAUCGAUCUCAUGUUGCU